UCCUCCCUAACCAGAAUCAUUCGUUGUGUUGUAACCGAUUUUCGGAAGUCGUGUUCCCGGUUUGUUCGACGUCAGUCAAUCGUCGCAUUGUCGUCGCACGCGUUUGCUUUUCUUUCCAGGCAGGUGUCCUUCAAAACGGCUGAGUAAACUCAAAACCGGGUUCGAAAGCAACGCUUCAAACGUACGUAGGAAGCUAAUUGCACUUGUAUAUCGUUCACCAUGACUUCGCUACGUCCGUUGGCUCCAGAAUUGGCAACCAAAGCCAGGGAAGAACUGAACGAAGUCACUGCCCGUGUUCCGGAAGAUCUCGAAGCUCUGAAAGCAUGGCUCGCCAAACAACCACACUUGAAUCCCCGAACCGACGAUCAAUUCCUGGUAGGGUUUCUCAGGGGCUGCAAGUUUAGUCUGGAGAAGACUAAGGAAAAAUUAGACACUUAUUACACUGUGAAAACUGCACUUCCGGAGUUUUUCGAGGACCGGGAUCCGUGUGACCAAAAAAUUCAAGAGUACGCUCAAUUGGGUGUGAACCUCCCACUUCCUCACACUAUGGGUGUGGACGGACCAAGGAUUAUCCUAGUCCGGAUGGGGGCUUACGAUCCAAGCAAGCGCAGCAUAGUUGAUGUGAUGAAGGUGUGCUACAUGAUCACCGAUUUGCUAGUACUGAAUGACGAUACCUCGGUAAUUGCUGGACACAUGGUGCUCGUGGAUCUACGCGGUAUAACAUUUUCCUCGUUGUCACAAUUCAGUCCAACUUUCAUCAAGAAAAUGACUUCGGUGAUUGAAGCAUUUCCGAUCCGUACCAAGGGUAUACAUUUCGUGAACCCAUCGUCUGGAUUUGACGCUCUCUUCAAACUGUUCCACGGUUUCCUAAGCAAAAAGAUACAGGAGCGGAUUGCCGUCCACGAUACGUUCGAAGCGCUGCAUAAGGUGAUUCCAAAAUCUCACCUUCCGGAAGAAUAUGGAGGAAGUGGAGGAAAACUGACAGCUAUCAUCGACGACUGUACCGCCAAUCUGGUGGCCCACAAGUCGUUCUUUCUCGAAGAUGCCAAAUAUCGAAAUGACGAACGGAAACGACCCGGAAGACCGAAAACGGCCAGUACUCUGUUUGGUGUGGAAGGAUCUUUUAGAAGCCUAGAGUUUGACUGAGGAAGCUAUCUGCCCAUCAUUGACCAACCAUUUCAUUGGAAUUGAUUUCCCAAUAACUUUAUCGGUUCUAUAAUAUUAAAAAUUAUAGUUGUUAGAAUUUUGGAGUUUUGGCUUGUGACAAUGUACAGAAUUCAUGUCGAGGUUCUAAUUUGGUAAGCAAAUA